UUUUCUACCUUCAGUUGUUCUACUUUUUAAAUUUUGUUGUCCUUUUCUAUUAACCUGUCAGUGACAGUCAGAGCGGGAAAUUAAACAUGUAAAUAUUGUAGUUUGAAAUUCAUGCAGUAUUUGGUAGGCUCUUGUGCCUUAAUUAUCUAAUUUGAGAAACAUCCUACGAGCAUCGCCUAACCAUGACAGAAGAUACACUCAAUGACGCUCUGCUUGAGAAGCUGAGGAUGUUUGCUACCAAGCCAAAUGACAAUGUUGAAUUGGUUCGCUCAGUUGCUGCUAGGUUGCACAGCCGUGCUGCCUCCCAAGACAAGAGCGUCAAGGAGCGCACCCUGUACGGGCUGUGGAAGAAGGACAGCGGGUCCUUGGAGUUGCUGCUGAACCUGCUGGAGGUCAUGAGGGAUCACAUAACGUCGUGCAGUCUGGCCGGCAUCCUCCACGAGUGCGUCUCCCCGAAGCUAGGCCGCAGGCACAGCCCUGCGGUCAAGCAGCUGGUCGCCAUGAACGCUACCCAGGUCCUCGUGAGGCUGAUCCAGCAGCAGCAGCUCAAGGAGACGUACAUGGUCGAGUCGCUCCUGCAGGAGCUGCUCUGGAUCCUCGCUCAGGUCGCCCAGAAAGAUGCCAGAUUCUCUAUAAAGGUUCGUCUCCUUGGUGCAACAAAAAUGUUCCAUCAUCUCUUGAAGACUCAUGAUUCCUCAAGGAUGGUGUUUCCACUGUUGCUGGUGAUCAAAGCUUUGGCGAAGAAUUCAUCUACUGCCACUGUUCUGGCCAAGGAUGGCAUCUGUUCCACCAUGGACAAAACCAUCCUGACGAUUGGCUUCUCGCCCAGUCCCAGGUUAAGGCUAGCACUGAAUGUUCUCAAGACUCUCAGCAAGAAUAAGCUGUGCUGCGGACGCAUGGUGAGGGGCAGCAGCCUGGUGCCUCUGCUGCUGCGCAUAUUCGAGCGCUGGGAGCACUACGACGGCCGGAUGAGGCUGCGCAUCUGCUCCUUCGCGCUCGCCACGCUCCAGCACAUCUGCCUCACCAAGGCGGGUCGCAAGGUGCUCCGCAAGGGCAGCGGCCUGCUCUUGCUGCACAAGUUCAGCGGCCUGUGCCCCGACGACAAGACGUACGACCCGCUUCUCACCCGCGUGUGCGCCAUCCUCAACCUGUGUGCGGAGAAGCACCAGCUGCCCGUGGCUAACCUCCAAGGACCCGCCUCGUUCGCUCUUCCUCCAGGCGUCGAGAUCGUCACCGCAGGACAGAGGUCGUCGUCGUCUCGAGAGACCAGUCCGGAGUCGGACGAGGACAGCAGCGACGAGGGUCCAGCGGAGGACGGGAAGGGCGCGGAGGAGACGUUGAAGGAGAGGAAGGGCAGUGGCGGCAGCCUCUUGCUGGUAUCGCCACCAUCGCAGAGGGACUUGGAUGACUUGAUGCAGUACAGCCGCCACGUGGCGGAGCUGCUGCCGGCCGGCGACCGGCCGGACGAGGACAGUGGCAGCGACGACGAGGACACAGACGAGCCGUGUCGCCCUGGCUUCGUGCUGUCGCUCGUCGACAGGGGCAGCGGCCCGUCGCCCCGGGCCCGGCCGCAGAGGCACAAACUGGUCUACGAUUGGUGCGGCCUUGGCAUUCUGGGAGACAUCGACAGGCAUAAAGACCCACACGCUGCCUACUGCAUGAUUGCGUCUCGAGUGAGGAGCGUGCUGCCGUUUGUCAAAGUGUCGUACCCGGACAUGGUUGGUGGAGAGGGUUGCGGCGCCCUGGAACCACUCCAUGUUAAAGACAGGAGAGUCUGCAGGGUCAAGUUACUGAAGAGUAUGGAGGGUUCAUCAUUUGACUGCAGGGUUGUGUAUGAUCUUGACGAAUUGUCUUCCGAAAAAGGCACCACAGAGGAGCUGGCAAACGAUGAUCAGUUGCGUGCCGGCCAGUGGAUGCCUGGCGUUGAACAUCUGUUGUUUGAGUCAAGAUUUGAAAGUGGGAACUUACGGAAAGCCAUGCAGGUUAAUGAUCGUGAUUACAAUUUAAUCCUAAUGCCUGAUGUAAACUCCACACACCAUCACCAGUGGUUCUACUUUUCCGUGAGCAACAUGGAAGCGGGUGUGCCGUACACAUUCAACAUAAUCAACUGUGAGAAACAGAACAGCCAAUUUAAUUACGGUAUGAAGCCUCUCCUAUACUCGGUGCGAGACGCGGUUCUCGGCAGGCCUGGCUGGGUGCGAGCCGGGACAGACAUCUGCUACUUCCGCAACAGUUACCAGAACCUGGCCAACAAGGGCCUCUGCUACUACACUGCCACAUUCACCGUCGAGUUCCAGCAUGCGUACGACGUCUGCUACCUUGCGUAUCACUACCCGUACACCUACUCCCAGUUGCUGACGCAGCUGUGGAGGUGGGGCCUGCUGGCCAGCCCUUCUGUCGUGUACUUCCGAGUUGCAUCCUUGUGCUUGACUCUGAAUGGUAACGAGACUCCGGUACUCACAAUCACCGCUCCAGAAUCCAAGACAAAUCCCAUAAAGAAGAGGGAGCUGGUGUUCCUGACGGCGCGCGUGCACCCGGGGGAGAGCAACGCCUCGUGGGUGAUGCUCGGCACGCUUCGCUACUUGCUCGGCAGUGACGCCCAGGACCUGCGCAGCUGCUUCGUCUUCAAGGUCGUGCCCAUGCUCAACAUAGACGGGGUUGUGAACGGCUGCCACCGCUGUGGCCUGACUGAUGAGGAUCUCAAUCGGCGAUGGAGCCAGCCUAACAAGACUUUGCAUCCAGUUAUCUAUCACACAAAGGGCCUGCUGGAGCUGUGCACUCGAGUCAUGCGCAAGCCCCCGUACGUGUUCUGCGACUACCACGGCCACUCCCGCCGCAAGAACGUGUUCCUGUACGGCUGCUCGGCGGUGGCCAGCUGGAAUGACGCGGACAAGACCAAACCAGACAGUCCUGUUGAAUACCUGAUGCUGCCGCAGCUGAUGCAGCACUUUGCCCCGGCGUUCGCCCUGCCGCUGUGCAGCUUCAAGGUGGAGCGCAGCAGGGAGACGACCGCGCGGGUCACCGUGUGGCGGGAGUACGGGGUCUCCCGCAGCUACACCAUGGAGAGCACCUUCUGCGGCUGUGACCAGGGCCAGUACCAGGGCUACCACUUGAGUACCGUGCAUCUUCUGGAGGUGGGGGCUAACUUCUGCCAAGCUCUCGCGUGCCUGCAGAACGAGACUUCCUGGAGACUGGAGAUGUUGGGUCACAGUCUCAGCUACCUCAGUAUUGCUGGCGCCGAAGAGAGUGUUGGGGACGCAGGUGUUGACUCGCCGCUGGCAACUGAAUCCAGUGAUGAUGACUUUUUCCAAAAUUAAAUUUAACCUUUCAUUAUUUUUUUCACUGCAAUUGUUACAUUUAUUUCAUAAUAUCUUGCAUUACUAGCUCCAUUUGUUGGUUUGAACUUCCCGCAAAAAAUUACAAGUAUAUUUUUAUUUUAUUUUUGUUUGUGAGUAUUGUUUUAUCUUUAUAUUGUAACUAAGAAUGUUGGUUAUUUGUGUAAAAAGUAUAUUAAAUGUGAAUAUAUUUUAAAUAGAGAUUAAAUUACUAUUUUUAGUGACUGAGAGGCUGUUUAGUAUUAUAUACUUUUGAAGAUGUUUUAGUUAAAUAAAUUUAGAACAGUAAUAAGAAAGUAAUAAAAUGAAUUUAAAAUGAAUUUUCUGUUCUAACAUUUCCUAAGAACUUGCAAUGUUUCUUUCAUACAUGUUUUGUUCAUUUUAGUAGUGACUUAGGUAAUCAUAGUCAUAGGCUGGAAUAAACAUGUUCACUGUAAAGCAGGAUUUUUGUUUUACUGUAUCUUUAAUAAACUAAAUCAUAAAUUG